AUGUCCAGUCUCCUCUAUGUACCUGGUUCCUCUCUGCCUUUGCUGCUGACUGUGCUCCUUGGCCUCUCUGGAACCCAAGGCCAGGAGGCAUUCCAGGUGCUUCAGCCUAAGGAUCCCGUGUCUGUAGCAAAGGGAGAGACGGUCACGCUGAACUGCACAAUAACUGAUAUUUCACUCCCAGGACCAGUCAAAUGGUUCAAGGGGGCAGGACCCCAGAGGAAGGAAAUUUACAAUUUCAAAGGAGGCAUCUUCCCUCGGAUAAAGGCAGUAGCUCCAUCUACCAGCACCACAGACUAUUCUAUCAACAUCAGCAACAUCACUCCAGAGGACACAGGCACCUAUUACUGUGUGAAAUUCAAAAAGGGGAAUCCUGACACAGAGUUUAAAUCUGGUGGGGGCACCAUGUUGUCUGUAAGCGACAGUGUCUGGCAUUCUUCCCAUAGACAGAAAAACAGAAAAUACAAAGUACCCAUCACCAUGCCCAGCCCCAUCUACCUGCGUGGCUCUACUCUGCCUUCUCUCCUUCUAACUCUGCUCCUUGGCCUCUCUGGAACCCAAGGCCAGGAAGAACUCCAGGUGCUGCAGCCUGACUCUGUGACUGUGACAGAGGGAGAGACAGCUACCCUGAACUGCACAAUAAGUGAUAUUUCACUACCAGGACCAGCCAUAUGGUUCAAGGGGGCAGGGCCCCAGAGGAAGGAAAUUUACAAUUUCAAAGGAGGCAUCUACCCUCGGAUAAAGGCAACAGCUCCAUCUACCAGCGCCACAGACUUCUCUAUCAGCAUCAGCAGCAUCACUCUAGAGGACACAGGCACCUAUUACUGUGUGAAGUUCAAAAAGGGAAAUCCUGACACAGAGUUUAAAUCUGGUGGGGGCACCAAGCUGAUUGUGAGAGUCCCUGUUGGCUUCUCUAGCAACCUUGAAAUUCUGCUAGUGGGUGCCACCACCAUCAGUACUACUGCAACUAUGACCACUGUCAUAGCAAGUUCUCCCACCCAUUGGACAUUGCCCCGGUCCUUCCUCCAUUAA